CAAACUUCUCUCUUUAUCUUUGCAAAGUAAAUUGUCUCAUUUUCUCUUCAUUUAAGUUUAAUUGUCAACACAAUUCUGCUAAUUGUUAUCAAUCAUUGUUCCUUCCUCAUCAAUUGUCAUCAAAGUUUAAUUAGUAAAUUCUAAUUCGUUAAGUUUUAUGUUUGUUUACCUUCACAUUUUCAUGUUGUAAACUUUGUUGGUUAAUCUCUGGACUCCAGUGAAAAAGAAAUGGUUGAUUUGAGAAGGUUUGAUGUUUAUCGAAAGAUUCCCAAAGAUCUGAAAGAAGAUCCAACAAACACCGGAGCCAUAAUCUCGCUGUGUGGUUGCGCCUUCAUUUGUUUCCUUUUCUUUUCCGAGCUUUUUGCCUUCUUCACUUUGGAAGUUGUCAGUGAACUUUAUGUUGAAAGCUCUGAAAAUGAUUCCAACGACAAAAUAGCCGUUCAAUUGAACAUCACUCUUCCAAGGCUUACAUGUUCCGCUGUUGGUUUGGAUAUUCAAGAUGACAUGGGGCGACAUGAGGUUGGAUUUGUUGAGAACACCAACAAAAUUGAACUGAACGGAGGUAAAGGAUGUCGAUUUGAAGGAAAAUUUUACAUAAACAAAGUACCUGGUAAUUUCCAUGUGUCAACUCAUUCCGCAUCUAAUCAACCCGAAAACAUUGACAUGGGUCAUCACAUUGAUGAAUUAAUGUUUGGAGACGAUGUUAGUCAACUUGGUCUUGUCGGUGGUUUUACAACACUUCGAGGCCAAAAUAAAACAAACGUUCAAGCUAUCGAAUCUCAUGAAUAUCAUAUGAAAAUAGUGCCUACAAUUUAUGAAGAUAACAAAGGAACUAAAUUACAAUCUUAUCAAUACACUUCUGCUUAUAAAAGUUUUCUCUCCUUCCAUCAUACUGGUCGUAUGAUACCGGCAAUUUGGUUUCGCUAUGACCUUAACCCGAUAACAGUCAAAUAUAGCCGGAAAAGGAAACCUUUUUAUACCUUUUUAACCUCCGUUUGUGCCAUCAUCGGGGGCACUUGCACGGUUGCAAGUCUAAUCUAUUCCUUUAUUUUUACCACUUCCAAAUACUUUCGUAAACACGAAAUCGGCAAAUUAAGCUAGUCCAUUUUGUAACUUUGUAGUCCCUGUCUCCUUAUAUUUUUGUUAUCCCUAAUCAAUAAUCAUAAUCAAUUUUGUGAUAAUAUCAUUAACAAAGUGAAACUAAUGAAAUCUUA